ACACAGACAUGCUGAAGGUCCGUCGGGCUUCAGAGCCCAAAUCUCGGCUCUGCAGAGACGUCCCCUUCCCCCGCCUCCACCAACCGCUCUCCUGCAUGCAGAAAAGCGGUCCCCACCCCUUCCACGCCCCUGCCCCACCUCUCGCCCCCCUUUACAACCCCCUCUUCUUUGCCCGGGGUGGUUUGUUCCAAGGAGUACAGAUAGUCUUGUCAAAAGGCGCAACUCACGGCGGUGCGCGCGGAUGCUGAACUUGGGCGCCAACUUGUAGUCCACGCUCCCCGGGGUCAGCGGAGGGGCGCUCACGCUCUCGCCGCCCACCUCGCUUUCUCACCCCGCGCUUCCCGGCCUGGGUUUUUAGUCUUUCUCGGAGCGCUCUCUGGCCUCCGCCUCCGCCAGGGAGCGGAAGGCGGAGACAGCGAGACUGGCCAGGGGGUAGGAAAGCGGACGCGUGUGGGCGAGGGGGACCGCGGGAUGUCCACGGGCUCGGUGAGUGAUCCGGAGGAGAUGGAGCUUCGGGGGCUGCAGCGGGAGUACCUGGUCCCCGCCUCCAAGAGGCCGCCCCUCCGCGGCGUAGAGCGCAGCUACGCCUCGCCCAGUGACAACUCGUCGGCAGAGGAGGAGGACCCCGACGGCGAGGAGGAGCGCUGCGCUCUGGGCGCAGCCGGCAGCGCGGGAGGCUGCAAGAGGAAGCGGCCCCGUGUGGCUGGGGACGGCGGCGCAGGUGGCAGCGCGGGCGGUGGUGGCAAGAAGCCCCUCCCGGCCAAGGGCUCCGCCGCAGAGUGCAAGCAGUCGCAGCGGAACGCGGCCAACGCCCGCGAGCGCGCCCGGAUGCGCGUGCUGAGCAAAGCCUUCUCCAGGCUCAAGACCAGCCUGCCCUGGGUGCCCCCCGACACUAAGCUGUCCAAGCUGGACACGCUCCGGCUGGCUUCCAGUUACAUCGCUCACCUGCGGCAGCUGUUGCAGGAGGACCGCUAUGAGAAUGGCUACGUGCACCCAGUGAACCUGACAUGGCCAUUCGUGGUCUCGGGAAGACCGGACUCUGACACCAAAGAAGUUUCCGCAGCCAACAGACUAUGUGGAACCACGGCUUAAAUCGGACUGGAACUCACUUGAUGGGAUUAUUCGUUAAAUGCGAGUGUUUGGGGGCCACGGAGAGAAGGGAGAGCUCGUGAGAUGGGAAGAAGUUUCCGUUGGAUUCUCCUUGACCCUUCCCCUUUCCCUGGAACUGUGAUCACGACAGGUGGCGGGCGUGGCUGUCACUGCGCAGCGCCCACAGCUGCAGCUGCGGCGGAUCUGGGCGAGCACGUUUUGCCUCUCCAGAAAGAGCCUCCUUUCGUGACGAGAGCGCGGACGCAGGUCCACCCCCGGGCCCCAUCUCCGUAGACUAACUGUGGGCUGCUGCCCCCGCCCGCGCCAGACAGAUCCCCUCUCAGCGGAGCCGGAUUCAUCGCACACGUGCGGGGCGGUUGCACACAGCCCGGGCCUUUCGCGGUGACACAAUGGUUAGGGAACGGUUAGAACGCGCUCUACAUCCGCUUUAAAGACAGGAGUCUAGACGUGAGAUCCGCGGCGGGACAGGGUUUUAAGCGACAAAGAAGGGCGAGUGGCUUCUCUGGGCCAGGUUCGCAUCCCGGCACAGCGCCCUUCUAACGGGCGGGAGGAGGCCCGCUGCUCGCAGGGCCAGGUGGAGACACACUUCCCAGACCACCGCAGGCGGGUUUUGCCCGGAGAGCUCUGGGCCGCUCGGCCUCCCUGCCAGAUGGCUUCUUCAUUCCCGUCUCCUUCCCAAGCUCCCGGCUUUUUCUAACCAGGCGUGUGUCCACCCUCUCCACUUCGGGGCUGAAGCCUCCCCAAGCCCCGCUGCGCCAACCUGGCUGGGGUCUUCUUCGGGCCUCCCUCUCCGCCCCGCGCCUGCUCCUACCUGCAGCACCCCCAGCUCCGACUCCAGACUCUCCAUCAGGCCUCCCCACUCCAAGCUCCGGGCGCCCCAACUCCAACACCGCCUCCUGCCGCGCGCGCAGGGUGGGCGGCUUACCAUAGCAAGUGAUCCUGCGAUAGGGAACGCGCCCUUGCCUCGAGGCUGCACUACCACAGGAAAUAACAUGUAAAUAAAUUUAUUUUUUUAUGAAUAAUAAAACGCGUUGUAAAAACUG